AAAAAUUGCUCCGCUUCGUUGUCUGAGUGCGGCAUAAUUUUAUUUUAUUGCAAAAGGCAAAUAUUGCAAAAAUCGCGUAUAAAAUAAGAAAAUAGUGUAGCCGAUUUGCGUUGUUCAUCGUUGUCUUAACGUCUAUAUUAAUUUAUGUUUUUCCUCGUUUAAAGAGAAUCCCCCUACUUUUUAAGGACGUCAGUAGUUUAAAACAACGCUCGACUUGGUUUUCAAUCGCUUUGUUUAAUAUCUUCAUUUAUUGUCCGGGCAGAGAUUUUGGAACGCUACUAGCCGAUAUACGAAUAAGUGUGGCUUAUAUUGUAGAUGUUGACUGCGCUUCUGGCAAUAAACGCAGUUUUGGGGCAAACAGUAAAGACUAAAACUACAGAAAGGCGUGGCAUUGAAACCGCUUCGACUAGGACUAAAGCUGCGAAAUUUCUGUCUAACAAACUAAGUAUAGCAAAUCGGCUUUCUACACAUAGGCAAUAUCCAAUAAAACAUCAUUGUAUCACCAACAAAACCAUGAGUACCGGUCAGCAAAGUUCACCUGCUGCAGAGUGUGCCGAAGGCGGUCUGAAAAACAGCACCUCUAUAAUAUCUUUUAAACCGGGCGAUAAACAUUGUUGUCACGAUAUCAGUACCAAAAAUGUUAAAAUUAUUGCAAAUCCUGGUUUACACGAUCAUGGAUCCUCCAAAGUCAAGUUGAAAAACUUCGUCGACUACAAAUGGGAAGUGAAAAAUUAUCCCGGUCAUUUGAUUGCUGUUCACAUUGAUGGAAAAUACAUAGCCUAUGUUAUUUACGUUAACAAUAAGGUUUCCCGGAUGGAGGGUAUGAUCCGUGUUGUGAAUACCGCUAAAGGUUUGAGAGCUUUAAUCAAGGGAAUGACAGGCGAAGUGUUAGAUUUGCAAUUUGCCCACAUUGAGAAAGAACACAUACUUGCAUCCAUCGAUGCCACUUCGCUGUGUGUUCAUAAAAUUGACAUGCUGGAAGGAUCAUUAUUGUGCAAUUUAAUAAUAAAAAUUGAAGACCCAUUGUCGAAUUAUACCCCGAAAUAUGAUAAAAUAUCCUGGUGUCCAUUCAUAGAAGUCACUGUUGACGACGACGAAGACAGCCAACUGCUAGUUUGGGCCCGCGGCUCCGUAUUUCAAUGCUUCAAUAUAAAUAUUAUUGUUGCUGAACAUGGGAUCGGGAAAUUUCAAUCAAAAGAUCUGAAAUCUGGAUAUUUAAAGCAUUCCGAUGAAGCUAUAACUAUAACCUGGGUAGCAUUAUCUCCUGAUGGUUCAACCUUGGGAGUGGGCAGCACUGAUGGUGUUAUACGUUUCUAUCAGGAUAUACACGACAAAGAUCCAAGAUGUUUGCAUGCUUGGAAGCCUCAUAAUGGAAAACCUGUUUCUUCGUUCUUCUUCUUGGACAAUUUAACGAAAAAUAACGAAGCCCCAUAUUGGAAAUUUGCAAUCACUGGUGCCGAAAAUAACACGGAAUUCAAAGUUUGGGAUUGUGGUACAUGGAAUUGCCUUCAAACCAUAAAUAUCGCCAGUUCCACAGGAAAACCUCUAAAUUUUAUUGCCGAGAUAGAUCGCACCGCAUCGUAUUUAGUUUUAUCCAACUUUGAAACACGCACUUGCUACGUUAUGCAAAUCAUAAAUGCAAAUAACUUCAUAUCUGCUCUGAAUGGAACCGCUGUUUGUGGUGAAAGUUCCAUGAACAUGGAUAUUAGCAGCAACAGCAUCGCAUCGGUAUCGUCUAAAUCAAACUCAAGGAAUGUGGAUAGUGGUGCGGUUGGUACAGUACCAACAACACUGGUCUGUGUGAAGAGUAUCUCUGAAUUUCCCCUCAGCUCUGGAAUAUUGUCAUUCUCUAUAGUUGAUGCGGCUGUGCGGCGAUAUAAAUGUGCUAAUGAAAACUAUAUGUGCGAUGAGUUGGAUGACUAUGAUGAGGAAACGUCAUCUUUGUAUUGUGUCGUGGUACACAUGUAUAUUGUGCAAUCCAAAAGUAUGCAAGAAUGUAACAUUUUAUAUCAGCCCACUGUGCAGGAAAAUGCUGAAAUAAAAAGUACAAUGUCAAGUGAGGUUUCCAGUCAAAAGAGAGAACAAAACUCCAGCAAUUUGGAUAUCGCUAGUGAUGAGAGCAAACGCAUCGAUAAUGUAGCCGAACGUCACGAUGAGGCAGGUAAACAAUCCGACGAGAGGGACAAUGUAAAGAAUAUUCAUUUAGUGGCAAAAGAAGACGCCCCUGCUUCCAAUGAGAAAAAUGCCUUGGAACUACUAUUGGGAAUAACCAAUGUAACUAACAGUGGUGGCAGCAGCAAUAGUCACACUAACUUGGUUUCAAAUACCGGUGGCUCGAAUGUAGUUUCGGUGGCAGCAGCUGCAGCCGCAGCUCCAAGUGUUAUAGCAACAGAGAGUAUUACCGAUUCGCGCAAUCCUUCGCCGAAAGUAUCAGCAAAUGUUUCCGCUAAGAGCUAUCCCCAGGUGAAUCUAAUGACACCAGAUGCCUUUACAUCAUCAUCAACAAAUGAACGAAAGACACCAGAAAAUGUAAGCAGUGAAGUUCUUAAUACCAUAUUGAUGUUAGCGGCUGUAACUGGUCAAAAUCCAUCGGCUCCUCCGAAGCCGGAUAGUAUGAAUCUGUUAAAUUUGGUCAACAGCAGCUUAAUAGAAGAUCAAGAACAACAAAAGGUCCAGAUGAAGAGAGACCUCGAAUACCAGGAAAAGUUUAGAGCCAUCGAUAGAAACCCAGGACGCAAUAUUGGUGAAAAUUUGACUAGCGGAGGUUCAAGUCCUAGUCGUGAAGUGCAGGAAAUAAUGUCAUUACAAGACUACGACAAGAGCUCCUUCAGUGGUGAUGAAUUGCUGGAAGGCAACAAUGAAAAUGACAACGCAAAUGAAACGGAUGUUGCAGAGGUGGAAGAAAAUAACGUCGAAGAAAUAUCAGAUAAAGAUAUGUCCAAUUCAAAUUCAAAAACCAAUUGGCCAAAAGUUCCGGACGUUCCUAAGGUGUCUACAAGCAAACACUCAGCUGAACUUCAAAAUGCAGCAAAUUUAAUAUCGCAAGCUGUCAAUGCCUCAUCCAUGUCAAAUUUGAGUGGCAGCCACAUCGUCCCAACUCUAGGAACCACAUCCUGCAGUAACAUAAUGCAAAAUGACAAUGUCGACAAUGCUGCAGGAACGGAUUUAGGAGAAAUCAACAUGAAAAUGAACGAACUCAUUGAUUUAAUAAAAAUGCAGUCAGUUCAAAUUAACAACCUUCAAAAGGAAAUAGCUGAUAUGAAAAAGACAAAUCCUGCAGUUGCUCAGAAGAAUAUGACCGAACUUGGCUUCAAACUGGAGAUGCAACUGUCCAAAAUGAUGGAAACCUAUUUGAUGCGAUACGAAACUGAACACAAUCGGAAACUAUCUACGUUCCUGAUGGGAAGAGAUGUUCAGAAUCGUGAAUUACGGGACAGCAUCAUGCAAAUUAUGAACCAGUAUGUCCUUACCCAGUUUGGCGAAAUGAUUUCAAAGGUACUGGCAAUUGAAAUACAACGUCAACUAGCUCCAAUUUUGGCAGCAAAACUGGAUAACAUGCAACAGCAGAUUCAAUUAGAUGUUGCACAAAAGUUGAAAUCAUUCGACAUGAUGAUUAAGGAGAAUAUUGCACAGGCUUGCAAGAGCAAAAGUAUUAUUGAUGCUUUUGGUAAAUCAGUAUUAGUCGGUGUUCAAAGCAGUCUGCAAGCAGCUUUUGUUGAGUCCAUGUCCAGUACACUAAUUCCAGCUUACGAAAAAUCCUCACAGAACAUGUUCAAACAAUUACAUGAAGCGUUCUCAGUGGGAAUUAAAGAAUUUAUGGAACAAUUUGACAACUACUUGCAACAACUACAACCCAUGCAUGAUUCUACGGAAGAGAUUAUUGGCAAAUUUUCAAGCUUUCGACAACAUUUGGACUCAAUACUUAUAAAGCAUAGGAAUAGUGUUCAGGAAGCCAUGCUGGACACGCGUAAAGAUAUGAAAAGUUUGGAAUUGUUGCUCUCACGUCAAAUCCAGGAAACGGUCCGAACUGAGAUACGGAAAUCGUUCGAAAGCCAGGCUGCAGUAAUUCGUUCGCAAGCAAAUACACCCGCCCCAAUGUAUGAUAUGAAGGAGACAAUUAAACACCUUUUGCUUCAGGGACAAAUCAACAAAGCCUUCAACCAAGCAUUGCUGGGUAAUGACUUGAGUCUCGUGGAGUAUACACUGAAGUGUGCCGAUCAUAAUGCAGUGUUCACGCCCGACUGCUGUUUGGAGCAAAAGGUUUUACUAUCUCUAAUUCAACAGAUUUCAGCUGACAUGAGCAAUCACAAUGAGGUCAAACAAAAUUAUUUGGCGGAAGCAUUAUUAGCGAUCAAUCCUCAUGACCCCAUUACCAGAGAACAUGCUCCAAAAGUAUUGCAAGAGCUAUUCCGUAAUUGCCAAAUGUUCUUGAUCAACUAUCCAAAAAGUCCACAGUGCAGUAACGUUCGAAUGUUGAUGAAAGCUGUACAGGCGUUUAAAGAUCAAUUCUAACCAAGAAGUUUUGCCACCCGACACUAUCCUUUAAAUCACAAAAGUAAUGCAAACAACACCCUGCCUAAAGAACCGGGCUUCAGACAUUUGUGAAGAAUGAAAUUCUUAUGAAUGUGCAUUGUGUUAAUUUCAGUACCUUCCAAUUCCUUGCUUUCUUCUACAUCCUAUAUUCCUCGAACUUUCGUGUAAUGUGAUUUUAAAAAUGUUUGUCGACGACCAUUUAUGUUAAGAACUUCUGCAAAAUCUCUGAUGAAUGAAAACGUGCAAGACUUAUAAAGCAAUUUUUAUGAACGGACAUUCUAUUAAAUUAUUUUUUCUAAUGUAAUAUUGAUAAGUGUUUGUGGCGUAAUUUAUAAGAUAAGUUAAAACACCAUGAAUGACGCUUGCAGACUUUUAAAUACGACUGACUACCGUUUUUAUAUUAAAGAAAUUAUAACAGAAUGAAAUCAAA